CUGAAAGAAAGAAAAAGGAAAAAAGGAGCCGAGGAAACCGAGAGAGAUUCAUAAAGAGGAAAGGGCGGCCGAAUCCCAGCUAGUGGCCGCUACAUCCUUUUGCGCCCUCCCGGCGCCGCCAUCGCCGCCGCCUCCGCUCCUGCUCCUCCGCCGAUUUUUCCGAUAGCCAAAAAAUCGACAGAGAAUUGAGAGAGGGAGUAUCUGGAGAAGAAAUUGACUGAUAGAGACCGUAAACAAAAACGGUGGAGGAGGAGAAUCUGUGUUCCGCCGCCGUACCGGAGCCGCCGCUGCUCGGUGUCCUCACUCAUUUCUAAGAGAGUAAACCGGUCUGUCGUCGGGAAGGGAGAAUUCGCCAGAAGGAGAGCUGCCUCUACGUCCCGCUGCCGUCCUUUACUAACAAGAGUAGUAUUGCCGGUUUCUCCGUCAGUUCGUGGUUCAUUUCUUCCGUCGUCGCCGGUAUCCUAACUCUCCGAACCUCGGGUUCAGCAGCGAUGGAUUCAUCACCGCGACAGCAAAGCAGCAAACAAGAGGAUGAAAGACCUGCGGCAGGUGGAGUCGGAUCUGAUGCCAUCUCAGGUUUAAGCAACAAUGGCAGGAAAAUCACUCGUCACGAUGUCAAGAUGGUCCAGAAUUUGAUAGAGAGGUGUCUGCAACUGUAUAUGAAUAAGAACGAUGUGGUGAAUACACUCUUGGAGCAGGCUAGAAUCGAGCCUGGGUUUACAAGCCUAGUAUGGCAGAAACUGGAAAAAGAAAAUGUGGAAUUUUUCAAGGCCUACAACGUGAGGCUAACCCUGAAAGAACAAAUCGAUCGGUUCAACCAGUUACUCGUGCAUCAAUGCCAGCUAAUGCACUACCCUGCUUCCCAGGAUUUUCCAUCUCAUCAGAAUGGGGAUGCCCAAGUGCCUGUUACUGGUUUACCCGCAGAACCUAGCUUCUUGCAGCAGCAGUCUGGGGUUCCAUCAACGUGUCAUUCCCAGAUGCGUCAAGUGAGCAGUGUGUCUGACUGCCAAGUGGUGAACGGUUUCCCUGCUUCAGGAAGUUUCCACCAAUUGCACCUGAAUGCUGAUAGAGAGGCGAUAGUGGACGGACAUUCAACGGUAACAACACUCCCCAUCAAUCGUUCGCUUGAGUCUGAGGUGGGGGGAGGCCCUGCAUCCAAUGGCCGAUUCUCGCUCGGUGCAGUUGAGAUGGCUGGAUUCUCAAAUCUGGAUUAUCUGCCACCGAACUCGUCAUACGCAGCACAUAUGGACAUGAUGCCUCCUCAUUUGCAAGAUGGUGCUGACGGCGGGUGUGAUUAUCGCGGGAUGCCUGUCCAUUCGUUCCCACAUAUCCCCUGGAACUUGAGCUUCCCGGAUCUGGGUGCGGACUUGGCAAGUAUUGGAGAUCACGGUCAAAUGGAGAACUACUCGGGCUCAGAUAUACUCCUGGAUUCAGCAGAGGAAGAAAAUGACAUGGUUAAAGAGUUCUUCGUGGAUUCGGUUCCUCCGUCGAGCCCUCAAAUCGAAGAGAAACCUGACGUCGGGGCACUAUAGAAUGCAGCAGUGUUAACAGUAGGCAGCAGCAGGCGGGUCGCGUUACUCUACUCGUACAAUUUUUUUAAUGGUUACCUCAUCAGAACAGCUAUGUAGACUGUAGUCCUUAGAAAUGCGAUACAGAAGGCCAUAAUGGCUGCUGCGUCGUGUCGUUCUCUUGUUUACAACUUUCCCACCGGAAGCCAAGGUGGGUUUCCGAAGCCCAUUUAGUGGGCUUCCCAUAAACUGUAGGGCCUUCCCCUUUAAGUUAUCGGGUUUCUGGAGGCCCAAUUAAUUAUAAUGCAUUCACAAACCUCUAUGAAGAGAACCUCAGUUUAGUCGGUGUAUAUUGGUAGCUGGUAGGCCAUUUAACUGAUAUGCAGCGCAGAACUUGAAUUCAAGCAUCAAGC